GUGUCUAGAAAGAAAGAUAGUAAGGAUUUCACCAUGGCUCCAAGAAAAAGGAGUGGGCGAGGGAUUUCUUUUAUCUUCUGCUGCUUCCGAAGUAAUGAUCACCCAGAAAUCACGUAUCGGCUGCGGAAUGACAGCAAUUUCGCCCUGCAAACCAUGGAGCCCGCAUUACCCAUGCCUCCGGUGGAGGAGCUAGAUGUUAUGUUUAGUGAGCUUGUGGAUGAACUUGACCUUACGGAUAAGCACAGAGAAGCCAUGUUUGCCCUACCAGCAGAAAAGAAAUGGCAGAUCUAUUGCAGUAAGAAAAAGGAUCAAGAAGAAAAUAAAGGUGCCACAAGUUGGCCUGAAUUUUACAUUGAUCAGCUUAACUCCAUGGCUGCUAGAAAGUCAUUGAUUGCUUUGGAAAAAGAAGAUGAAGAGGAACGAAACAAAACUAUAGAGAGUUUGAAAACAGCACUAAGGACCAAACCUAUGAGGUUUGUAACUCGAUUCAUUGAUCUGGAUGGCUUGUCAUGCAUUCUGAACUUCCUGAAAAGCAUGGACUAUGAGACUGCGGAAUCUCGAAUCCAUACCUCUCUCAUUGGGUGCAUCAAAGCCCUGAUGAACAACUCUCUUGGGAGAGCCCAUGUCCUGGCCCACUCAGAGAGUAUUAAUGUAAUUGCUCAGAGUCUGAGCACUGAAAACAUUAAGACUAAGGUGGCGGUGCUGGAAAUCAUGGGCGCUGUGUGCCUGGUUCCUGGCGGUCACAAAAAGGUACUAGAGGCCAUGGUGCACUACCAAAAAUAUGCCAGUGAACGGACUCGCUUUCAGACAUUAAUAAAUGAUUUGGAUAGAAGUACAGGACGAUACCGAGAUGAAGUAAGCCUCAAGACAGCGAUUAUGUCUUUUAUCAAUGCUGUUCUAAGCCAAGGAGCUGGAGUGGAAAGUCUGGACUUCAGACUCCACCUGAGAUAUGAAUUCCUCAUGCUUGGAAUUCAGCCUGUAAUUGACAAAUUAAGAGAACAUGAAAAUUCCACAUUAGAUAGGCAUUUAGAUUUUUUUGAAAUGCUCCGAAAUGAAGAUGAGUUGGAGUUUGCCAAAAGAUUUGAAUUGGUUCAUAUAGAUACAAAAAGUGCAACCCAGAUGUUUGAGCUCACAAGAAAGAGAUUGACUCAUACAGAAGCCUACCCGCAUUUUAUGUCUAUACUUCACCACUGCCUCCAAAUGCCUUAUAAGAGAAACGGCAACACCGUCCAGUACUGGUUACUGCUGGAUCGUAUUAUACAACAAAUAGUUAUUCAAAAUGAUAAAGGGCAGGACCCUGACUCAACACCCCUGGAGAACUUUAAUAUCAAAAAUGUUGUCCGAAUGCUGGUUAAUGAAAAUGAAGUGAAACAAUGGAAAGAACAAGCAGAAAAAAUGAGAAAAGAACACCAUGAGCUACAGCAGAAAUUGGAAAAGAAAGAGCGAGAGUGUGAUGCCAAGACCCAGGAGAAGGAGGAGAUGAUGCAGACCUUGAAUAAGAUGAAGGAGAAGCUUGAAAAAGAACUCUCUGAGCAUAAACAAGUGAAACAGCAAGUGGCAGACCUCACAGCACAGAUCCAUGAGCUUAGUAGGAGAGCUAUAUGUGCUCCAGUCCCUGGAGGACCCCCUCUGCCACCCGGUGCCCCUGGGGGGCCCUUACCUACAGGCUCUCUAGGAUCUCUCCUCCCAGUUCCUCCUCCACCUCCUCCUCCUGGAGCAAUCCUGCCACCUCCUCCCCCUCCCCCUCCUCCCCCUGGGGGCCCACCCCCUCCCCCAGGACCCCCGCCAAUUGGAGGCCUGACUCCAGCUCCAGGAGCUCCUUUGGGAUCAGCACUGAAGAGGAAAAACAUCCCUCAGCCCACACAUGCCCUCAAGUCCUUCAACUGGUCCAAGUUGCCUGAGAACAAGUUGGAAGGUACUGUGUGGACUGGCAUUGAUGAUGCCAAAGUAUUUAAGGUGCUAGAUCUUGAAGACCUUGAAAGAACAUUCUCUGCUUACCAAAGGCAACAGGACUUCUUUGUGAACAAUAACUCCAGACAGAAAGAAGACUCCCUUGAUGACACACUGAGUUCCAGGCAUAAAGUCAAGGAGCUUUCAGUAAUAGAUGGUCGAAGGGCUCAGAACUGCAAUAUUCUGCUCUCAAGGCUUAAACUAUCAAAUGAUGAAAUUAAACGUGCAAUUUUAACAAUGGAUGAACAGGAGGACCUGCCAAAGGAUAUGCUUGAACAGCUUUUAAAAUUUGUUCCUGAAAAAGCUGACAUCGAUCUUCUGGAAGAACACAAGCACGAGUUGGAUCGGAUGGCCAAAGCUGACAGAUUUCUCUUUGAAAUGAGCAGGAUAAAUCAUUACCAGCAAAGGCUGCAGUCCUUAUAUUUUAAGAAGAAGUUUGCUGAGAGAGUUGCUGAAGUUAAACCAAAAGUUGAAGCAAUUCAAACUGCUUCCAUCCAAGUAUUCCAGAGCAAAAGUCUAAAGCAGCUGCUGGAAGUGGUUUUGGCUUUCGGCAACUACAUGAACAAGGGCCAGAGAGGGAAUGCUUAUGGCUUUAAAAUUUCUAGCCUGAACAAGAUUGCAGAUACCAAAUCCAGCAUUGACAAGAACAUUACCUUGCUGCACUAUCUCAUCACAAUCAUAGAAAAAAAAUAUCCCAAAGUAUUCAGUCUACAUGAAGAAUUAAAAGAUGUCCCAAGAGCUGCCAAAGUAAAUAUGACUGAACUGGAGAAGGAAAUUGGCAACUUGAGGAGUGGGCUCAGGGCAGUGGAGACAGAACUGGAAUACCAAAAAUUGCAGCAUUCCAAUCCAGAGGACAAGUUUGUUUCUGUGGUUAGCCAAUUCAUCACUUUGGCAAGCUUCAGCUUCUCAGACGUGGAAGAUCUUCUGGCAGAAGCCAAAGAACUGUUUUUCAAGGCAGUGAAGCAUUUUGGAGAAGAUUCUGGCAAAACACAACCAGAUGAGUUCUUUGGAAUUUUUGACCAGUUCCUUCAAGCUGUAAAUGAGGCGAAACAAGAAAAUGAAAACAUGAGGAAGAGGAAGGAAGAAGAAGAGCGACGGGCACGCAUGGAAGCUCAGCUCAAGGAGCAGCGAGAGAGAGAGCGCAAGGCUAGGAAGGCAAAAGAAAAUAGUGAAGAAGGUGGGGAGUUUGAUGACCUGGUCUCCGCCUUAAGGUCUGGAGAAGUUUUUGACAAAGACCUUUCUAAAUUGAAGCGCAAUCGCAAACGCAUUACGAAUCAGCUGGCAGACGGGAGCCGUGAAAGACCCAUCACAAAACUCAACUUUUGAACAUCAUCU